CAAAAUAAAGAGAAGAAGAUGUUCAACUUACUAAAUAGAAUGCCAGUUCUGAGAAUUAAAGAUUUGGAAAAAAAUAUGCUAAAUUGCAUAGAUAUAUUUCAAAAACAUGUACAAACCAAGACUAAAGAUCAAGUGAUUAAAAAUCAAAUAAAAGAAGUCAGGAAACAAUGUUUAGAAUUUCACCAAUUUGCUGAAAAGUCUAUCAAACAUAAUGAAAUUUUGUCUAAUUAUAUUAUUGAAUUUCAAUCGAUUAUCAAAGUUAUUAAGAACAAACCAAUUCCCGAUGAAGAAAUGAUUGAAAAACUUGAAUUAUUGUUGUCUGCGACUGAAAAAAAACGAAGCAUCAAAAGAAUUAUGCAACCAAAUCUGCAAAAUUAUUCUUAA